AUGCAUUCCUGGAACGAAUCAAUCCACAUAUGCAACUGGACAGGUAUUCUAUGUGGUCCCAGGUACCAGCGGGUGGUCACCCUCAAUUUGUGGUCUGGUGGGUUUUCAGGUUCCAUAUCACUUGAAGUUGGUAAUAUGAGUUUUCUUAGAGAGCUCAUCCUUUACAACAACAGUUUCACAGGCGUCAUCCCACAAGAGAUUGGCAGGUUAUCAAGAUUAAGAAGGCUAGGACUUUCCAACAAUUCUUUGUCAGGAUUUCAGUUUCCUGGAUGUUCCAUUGAAGGAUCAUCAAGAAAAAACCGAAUUCUUCUUUCCUUGAUAAUCGUUGUACCAAUACUUACCAUGAUUUUUGUAACUCUUGUUGUGAUCUUUUGUUUGGUGUACAAAUCGAGAUAUAAUAAGAAUAUUCCUCAAGAGACUAAUUCGGAUAAUGAAAACUUCCCACAAGUUUCUUAUAGAAGAUUACAUGAAGCAACUGAUGGGUUUUCUUUGGCAAACUUGAUUGGUUCUGGAACGUUCAGUGAUGUGUAUAAGACAAUUAUGUAUGAGAAAAACAUGCCACAAGCUGUUGCUGUGAAGGUACUAAAACUUGCAGUUCAUGGUGCUGACAAGAGUUUUUUUGCAGAAUGUGAAGCUUUGAGAAGCAUCAGACAUAGGAAUCUUGUGAAAAUUGUAACUUCUUGUUCGGGUAUUGAUUUUCAAGGGAAUGAUUUCAAGGCUCUGAUUUAUUCUUAUAUGGUCAAUGGGAGUUUGGAGGACCGGUUGCACCAAAAUCCACUACUUGGUCCAGAGAAUGAGGCGCCAUACAGUUGUCUGAAUUUUUUACAGAGGUUGAACAUCAUGAUAGAUGUGGCAAUGGCCCUAGAUUAUAUUCAUUGUCAGUGUGGAUCACCAAUCGUUCAUUGUGAUCUCAAGCCUAGUAAUAUCUUGUUUGAUGAUGACUUGGUUGCUCAUCUUGGUGAUUUCGAUUUGGCUACAUUUAUUCAACAUGAUUCUUCUUCAAGCCACACCACUUCACUUGGAAUAAAAGGCACAAUCGGAUAUGUUCCUCCUGAACACCGGAUGGGUAGCAAGAUAUCAACAUGUGGUGAUAUUUACAGCUUUGGAAUUCUCAUGUUGGAAUCAUUUACGGGGAAACGUCCUACUGACAGCAUGUUCUGUAGCAGUCUGAAUCUUCAUGAUUUUGUGAAGAUGGCUAUGCCACACAAAGUUAUGGAGAUAACCGAUCAUGUCCUUUUUGUAACCACAAAAGAGGAAAAUAUGACUGAAAAUACACAACACCGUGGACCAAUCGAGGAGUUCCUGACUUCAAUCUAUCUGAUUGGGACUGCUUGCUCCAUGAAAUUGCCGAGAGACGGGUUACACAUAAAAAAUGUCAUUGAACAACUGCAAAUUGUGAAGAAAACUUUUGUUGAAACCAUUGGGUGA